AUGCCUGCGCGCACUCGCCAAUCUCUAACCUCGACGACUGAAGUCGUUGAGCCGGAGGAGGAACAAAGCGGUCUUCACAGGUUGCGGUUCAAUGAGCCACUGUCAUGGCGCGUGGGAAAAUCUGCCAUUCCAGUUGCUGAUUUGUUGAGCCGUCUUCAAAUCCUUGCGCAGGAGUUAUCGACUGCGGACCAGGACGACAUCGACAAAGGAUCGUUGAAAAAGGUUUCUCAAGAACUAGCCAAUGGACAUCUACUGGCACACAGAGACAAGGGAGUACGAGCUUGGGUCACAAGUUGUAUUGUUGACAUUUUACGCCUAUGCGCCCCAGAUGCCCCCUUUACCGGAAACCAAUUGAAGGUGCGACAGGACAUGGACACGGACAUAUUUACUUGCAUCGUCACAUCCAUCAUUCCAGCCCUCGCAGAUCCUUCAAAUGCCUACAACGUGCAACAUAUAUAUGUAUUGAAUUCACUGGCUGAGGUCAAAAGCAUCGUCCUCUUAACCGAUUUGGAUGCCCCGGAUGCUCUUAUUCUCCCUCUGUUCUCUUCUUGUUUUGAUAUAGUGUCAGGUUCUUCGAAAGCUUCUACUGGCGAACAGAUUGCGAAGAAUGUCGAAUACGAUAUGACCCGUCUGCUUGUGACUGUUAUCGAUGAAUCACCAACGCUGGCACCGGAAGUGGUGGAUAUAAUUAUUGCGCAGUUCCUUCGCGUUGAUCCACGCGUCUUCGAACAAUCGGGAAAGAAAGGGAAAAAGAUCGAGAUCGACGCAAAUCAGGAUACGCUCCUCCUUAAAGAUUAUCCACCGGCUUAUGAUAUGGCCAAAGCUAUCUGCCACGCAUGCCCCGAAAAGAUGACUAGUUAUAUCAGUCAAUACUUCAAUAACGUUAUCAUUGAUGCAUCUGCGCCGUCUAAAAUCUUAAAUGGGUCAAAACCGUCGAUGGAUAGAAGACAUAGCUUGGAUGACUCAGAUGACGAAGCUGAAGACAUCAAGGAGCUAGGGAAAGCCCAUCGACUCAUUAGGGAGCUAUGGCGAGCUUGUCCAGAUGUAUUGCAGAAUGUGAUUCCGCAGUUGGAGGCGGAAUUGUCCGCAGAGUCAGUGUCGCUUCGCCUGCUUGCAACGGAAACUCUUGGUGAUCUUGCCGCAGGUAUUGGACUAUCAGGCCCUCCUCCCCCUCCUCCGAUGGACCCUGCGCAACAUCCUCCGGUAACGCUGCUGAACUACUCUCAGACGGUACCUCAACCAAAUGUUCUACAGGUUCCAUUGGCGCCAAAGCCUUUUGCUCAGGCACAUUCAUCUGCCUACGAGAGUUUUUUGAGUCGUCGUCAAGACAAGUCUUCAUCUAUCCGCGCUGCAUGGACCACCGCCAUAGGACGCAUUUUGAUUACAUCUGCUGGUGGAUCUGGCCUAAGUGAAAGCGAUGAGCAAUAUAUGGUCCGAAGUCUAGCGAAUAUGCUCCGCGAUGCAGAUGAAAAGGUUCGACUGGCUGGUGUUGAAUCUAUUGGAUCUAUGGGAUUCACAGAUAUCGUGAACAAAUUGGGCGUUAGUGGUGGACUUAAAUCGGCCGACUCCGUAUUAACCAUCCUUGCUGAGCGUGUUAAAGACCGCAAACCGGCUGUACGUGAUCGUGCCAUGAGAGUCUUUGCGAAGAUAUGGGCGGUUUCUGUUGGCGAGAUUGAAGAAGGCAAUGAGCAAGUUGUUUCACUCCUCAAAGACGCGCCAUCUAAGAUUUACGACGCAUUUUAUACGAAUGAUCCUGAAAUUCAAGCACUCAUUGAUCGAGUUCAAUUUGAAUAUCUACUUCCUCUUAGCUAUCCUCCCGUCAAGUCGAAACAGAGCAAAUCAAAAGACGCGGAGGGGACAGUGGAUAAAAUACGUGUUCAGCGGAUUCUCACUCUAAUCAAGAGUCUUGAUGAAAAGUCCAAGAAGGUGUUCUUUGCAUUCCAGAACCGACAAUUGAACCUAAGGACGGCCUUGACUAUCUAUCUGCAGGCCUGUGAAGAAUACAAUGGUGGCAUUAUAGAAAAGGAUGAAGAGCGAGUCAAGGCUCAACUAACUCGCGUAGUUGAUGCUAUAGCCAAAUCGCUACCAGAUCAAGCGCGUGUGUCCGCAGAUCUUUGGAAAUUUGCCAAAGCUCAUGACCGAAGGAACUAUCAGCUUAUACGCUUCGCUAUGGCGGCGCAAAGCGACUAUCGUACCGUUACAAAAGCCAUUAAGGAACUUACUAAGAGGAUACAAAGUGGCAGCACGCCGUCUUUGUUAGACACUCUCACCCCAUUACUCUAUCGUUCGAGCUCACUUGUGUUUAACCGAAGCCAUAUUCCUGCUAUCAUGGAAUUUUCGCGAACGGACGACAAAGGCCUAGCUCCUUCCGCACAAGAGAUGCUGAAAGAAAUUUCUUCACACAAUCCCGAAGUGUUGGAAGCGCAAGUGCAGGAGAUGUGCAAGGACCUGGAAGAGCAAGCGCCGACUGCCAAAUCGCCAGAUGAAUUGGGAGCAGAGGAGAUCCUUAAAGCUUGUUCGGGCUUCGCUAAGAAGCUGCCGGAAAAACUUCCCAAAGAAAGGAAGUUCCUGCAAGCACUGAACAGCUAUGCGCUAUUCAGCUCGUCUCCUCGAGCCGCAAAACAUGCCGUAUCGAUCAUCAUGGCUAUUGCCGACAAGAAGGAGAUGUACGCGAAGGAUUUAGUACAGAAAUGCGUUAAAGACUGCGAGUAUGGGUCGACUCACUUUUUGACACGCUUAGCAACACUUGCACAGUUAAAUCUCCUUGCGCCCAAUGAAGCUGAUGCUGAAAGCACUAAAAUAACAUCUAUUGCAGUUGACAAAACACUGCUUAUGAACCGAUCCAAGCAACCUAAUUCGGAAUACACUUGGUCAGACGAAAUCGACGAGGAGACAAAGGCCAAACAAUGGGCGUUGAGAAUUAUUGUUAAUAGACUUCGUGGAAAGGAUGGCACAUCUGAGGAAGAGUUUCACGAGCUUGCUGAACCAGUCUACAGCAUUUUAAAUAAGCUUGUUGCCGGCGAGGGUGAAAUCUCAAAGAAGAAAGACACACCAGCCACCCAGAAACCUCGCUUGCGUCUCGAUGCUGCCAAAUUAUUGACCAAGUUAUCUGCUUCCCAUGUCUCGUGUGAUAAGAUAUUGUCUGCGAAAGAUUUCAAUUCACUGGCUUUAGUUGUGCAGGACCGCCUUCUGCCCGUGAGAUCCGGUUUCAUUAACUCACUACGGAAGAGAUUAUCGCAAAAUGGUUUCCUCGGUGUUCGUUGGUUUGCGCUACCGUGCCUGCUUGCUUUCGAGCCUAGUACCACCUUGAAGGAUAGCACACUUACUUGGCUUCGCUCUCGGGCAGCUAUCUUCUCUCGACAAAUGCAAGCCAAUAAAAACAACAAGGAACAACAACAACCUGUUAUGGAAUCUGUGUUUGCCCGUCUCCUUUCAUUGCUUGCUUAUCAUCCGGAUUAUCCUCCUUCUAGUGAAGAUAGUGAGACUCGCACAACUGAACUUGCAGACUUCGCUCGAUAUAUUCUAUUCUAUCUGUCUGCAGUUGCAAACGAGAACAAUAUCUCGUUAAUCUUCCACGUGUCACAACGGGUUAAGCAAACUAGAGACGGCAUCAGCAGGUCUGAUGAGAUAACGACACGACUUCACACGCUUUCGGAUCUCGCUCAGGCGACUAUUCGUCGAUUUGCAGAGAUAUAUGCGCAACAAAACCGGAUUGGUGGCGCAACUGGGGGCGCAAGUAUUCUUGAGACUUACCCGGGAAAAAUGAGGCUUCCUAGCUCGUUAUUUGCUGCUAUGGCGAGCCAUAGAGAAGCACAAGAGGUUGCCGAUAAAAACUUCCUUUCGGAAGACAUCGAAGAUAUUCUGGAUAGCCUUGUGCGGUCCUGGAUGAGACCAAAGAAAUCUUCUCAGUCAGCCAACGCCAGCAAAAAGAGAAAGAGUGAACAUGCUGAUACAAACGGGGAGACCGAAACCAAAAAGGCCCGGAAGAGGUCUUCUACAGUUACCCGAAGAACGUCGACUUCUAACAAUACCAAGACUCCUCGCAAGAAGAAGAGGGGCGAAGACGAAUGGGGGUCUGAUUUCGAUGGUGAUGAGGAAGACCACGCAGCAGCGCGAAGGCGGAGCGGUCGAGGUGUAUCCAAGAAGGUUAGCUAUGCCGAUCGAGAUAGUAGUGAAGACGAUCUUGAGAUGGCAGAGUAUAAUCAAGAGGAUGAACAACAAGAAGAAAAUGACGAAAGUGAUGCGGCCGAUGGUAGCGAGAACGGCGAUAACGAGGAAAUGAGUGAAGCCAACGGAAAUGAGGAAAAGGGAGAAGAAGAUGAAGAUGAGGUUGAGAAGGAAAGCCCUGCACCACAGGAAGCGAAGAAGAAGAGUCCACACACGAAAAAGCCGUCUACUCCUGGAAAAUCCGCAAAAACUCAGUCUUUACCUGUACGGCGUUCGAGCAGACGCGGAUGA